CAAACGCCAACAAGGAUAGGCCACAUGUUUGCGGCAAUGUGUUUUGGGAUCCUUUAUACGAUAUAUGUUGUGACGGUAAGGCGUACGAACAACGUUAUGGAGCUAACAGUAGUUGCUGUGGCAAGAAAAUCUACAAUGCUGAAAGUUUUGUUUGCUGUCUCGGAUCCAUAUUUCGUAAAGGGUGUACAGGUGUAACUCAGUGUUGUGGCCGAACAGCGUACGAUACUGAGAAAGAAAUAUGCUGUGAUUCACGAUAUGUUCGGUUAAGAUCUGGUCCAUCAACUCACUGCUGUGGAAAAAACACUUACAAUACUGACACUUCUGUCUGUUGUGCUGGCACAGUGGUAGAUCAAGUAGCGGGCAAAGUAACUCAAUGCUGUGGGGGGAAAAGCUACGACCCAAAACAUUCACUCUGUUGCCAUGAAAAAAUUGUCAAUAUCCUAGUCAAUAGUAGUCAGUGUUGUGGAGAAACAUCAUAUAACCCUAUAACUUCGGUCUGUUGUAACGGACAGUCAGCGGCAAAACUCUCCAAUAACUUAACAAUGUGUUGCGGCAAGGAAAGCUACGAUCCAGCGAUGUAUCUCUGCUGUGAAGGCAAAGUUGUGAAAAAAUUAAGCAAUAUUAGUCUGUGUUGUGGGAAUAAAUCAUAUAACCCUAUAACCUCGAUCUGUUGCGCGGGACACUCAGUGGUAAAAAUAGCUGGUAACCUAACCCAAUGUUGCAAUAAUCAUGGCCACCAUCCAGCGAUAUCUCUCUGUUGUGAAAACAAAGUUGUUAAGAAAAUGAGCAAUGUUGAUCAAUGUUGUGGAAAAACAUCGUAUAACGUCAAAACCUCGGUCUGCUGUAACGGAAAGACCUCAACGAAACUUGAAGGUAACUUUACAAUGUGUUGCAGCACGGAAAGCUACGAUCCAGUGAAGUCUCUUUGUUGUAAAGGUAAACUUUUUCAGAAAACGAGCAAUGUUAGUCAGUGUUGUGGUGAUAGGUCAUAUAACCCUGAGACCACGAUCUGCUGCGCUGGACAACCUGUGAUAAGAAUGGCUGGUGAAAUUACCCAAUGUUGCGGAAAGGAGAGUUACAACCCUCGCGAUUCACUUUGUUGUAACAAGAAGGCGGUUCCGAGAAGAUAUGGUGACUCUACUCAGUGUUGUGGGAGCCGUCACUACAACCCUACAAUUCAUGUUUGCUGCAACGGUUAUGUUACGCGAAAACAAGUUGGGAACACUAUACAAUGUUGCGGGAGAAAAAGUUACGACACCCAAAAAUAUGUUUGUUGCCAAAGAAAAGUGUGGUCGAAAAUAUUCGGAAAAGAAACCAAGUGCUGUGGCAGCAAACGUUACAAUGCCAAGCUAGUCAGCGGCGGAGUAGUGGAAG